CCCGGUAGUAAGCAUGAAGCGCAGUUCAGUUUCCACCGGUGGUGCUGGCCGCCUCUCCAUGCAGAAUUUAAGGUCUCAGGAUUUCAAUAAACAAGGCCUCCAUACCCCUCAAACCAAAGAGAAACCAGCCUUUGGAAAGUUGAAUAUAAACAAACCCACAUCUGAAAGAAAAGCCUCUGUGUUUGGUAAAAGAACUAGUGGACCUGGAUCCCGGAAUAGUCAAUUUGGUAUAUUUUCCAGUUCUGAAAAAAUCAAGGACCCACGACCACUUAAUGACAAAGCAUUCAUUCAGCAGUGUAUUCGACAACUCUGUGAGUUUCUUACAGAAAAUGGUUAUGCAUAUAGUGUAUCCAUGAAAUCUCUACAAGCUCCUUCUGUUAAAGACUUCCUAAAGAUCCUCACUUUUCUUUAUGGCUUCCUGUGCCCUUCGUAUGAACUUCCUGACACAAAGUUUGAAGAAGAGGUUCCAAGAAUCUUUAAAGAUCUUGAGUACCCUUUUGCAUUAUCCAAAAGCUCCAUGUAUACAGUGGGGACCUCUCAUACAUGGCCACAUAUUGUGGCAGCCUUGGUUUGGCUAAUAGACUGCGUCAAGGAGCACCAAAAACAGUCAAACUGGGCUCACAACAAUCCUCAUGCCCAAGUGACAUAUUCUGAGGUGGUAAAUUCUGCUUCUCUUCAAAUGCAAGGAAAGAAAGCAGGGGAAAAGUUACUUGCCAGCAUUCAACUUUUUCCUUUGCGGAUUUCGGAGACUGAGUGGGCUUCGCUGGGCAAGCAGAUGAUGUUUGGACGAUGGUCUUCUGAGUUCCUGUCGCUCAGUGGGCAUGUUGUACAGCCAGAUGCCCACUCACUUGCUGAAGACUAUGCCAAGCCCAGUCCCUUCUCUGCGGGCUACAGGUUGCUGUUCACCAUGGCAGAGCCUGACUCACCUCUAGAAGGCUGA